AUGGUACAACAACGGCUUCGUCAACAGCAACUGCUCCAAGCCCAGGCAAACCAGCGCAUGGCUCAUAAGAAGAAGCAUAAGCGGCCGAGGAAUAAGUCUAGACAUGAGCCCAGCAGACAUGAACAGGGCCCAUCCCAUCAGCAACCCACGACAGCAACUAUCAAUAUGACACCUCAAGAUUUCCAAUUUCCGGAUGCAUAUGUGAUGGUUCAGCCUGAGCCCGGUAUCCUCGCCGAGCACAUUUCUUUAUACAAGGGCAAGGCACAUCUGAAAUUGAGGCAACCGGGUGAUAUCGUUGAGAGUGAUGGGAGGCUCCACCUAAGCACACUCAGAACACCUCCCGGCGGAGAUUUCAACUGGAAUUUUAAUGCUCACUACUGGACUGCGGACAAGGACACGGCUGAGGAAUAUCGCAAAUAA